AUGAACCAACAUGAGCCCCUCCAGGGCGGUUGGUGGCUGAGCCACCUCGCAGACAGCUUCGAGAUACAGUUCUAUCGACCUUUCUUCACGCUCGUUCUAGCCCUUCUUAUUCCUGCUGCUGCAGUGAGCCUUUAUUUCAAAGAAGGGCAAGCCGUUUCUCCUAUGUGGCCCCAGCUCAAGGCCCAAAAGCAGAAAGACUUUUUGACAAAGGGGAGCAAGUAUCUAGAAGACAGCAAAGAAUUGCAUAGCGACGACCCUUUCACCAUACUCACCGACCGCGGCAUGAGAACCGUUUUCCCCGCUGCAAUCGCCGACGUUAUUCGCAACAUGACAUCGCUUCGCUUUAGCAAGUCUGUGUCUGACAUUAAAAUCGAGAGUUCUGUCUCGGAACUCGUCGCCCGCAUAUCUUCGCGUGUGUUUCUCGGUGAAGAACUCUGCCGGCAUGAGAAGUGGCUGGAGAUCACGCAGUCAUACACCGUCGCAUCUUUCAAGGCAGCCGCCAUACUGAGGACUUACCCUCGAAUCGUCCGACCUCUGGUCAACUGGUUCCACCCGGACGUCAAAGUAAUCCGCGGUACCAUCGCUGAGUCUCGCCGCAUCAUUGGUUCACUCGUCGAAAGACGUCAGAAGCUCCGAGCGGAAGCGCAGGCCACCGGCUCGCCUGUGCCUAGAUUCAACGACGCGAUCGAGUGGGCAGAGUCAGAGGCCGAAGGCUAUCCCUGCGAUCCCGCCGUGUUCCAACUAACCUUAAGCUUUGCUGCGAUACGCACCACGACUGACCUUUUGACCCAGGUCAUUCUUCGGUUGGCACACGAGCCGGAAAAUAUCGAGCCACUUCGCAGAGAGAUGGUUGAGAUCUUGCAGGUCGAUGGUUGGACGAAGAACGCACUUUUCAAGAUGAAACUGCUCGACAGCGCGGUCAAAGAGGCACAAAGGUUGAAGCCGAUCAAUCUUCUUGAAAUGCGCCGCAUGGCGGUCGAGGACGUGACGCUCCCAGACGGCACUCUCAUCCGUAAAGGAGCACAUAUUGCCGUGAACAACACGGGAUUUUCCCGUCCUGAAGUAUACGAGGACCCUGAAAGGUUCGAUAUUUACCGCUUCAAGCGUAUGCGGGACGAGCCUGGCAAGGAGCACAUGGCACAGCUUGUGUCGACGAGCCUCAACCAUCUGUCGUUCGGCCACGGCAAAUUCGCCUGUCCGGGUCGAUUCUUCGUGGCCAACGAACUAAAACUAGCCUUGUGCCACCUCCUCCUGAAGUACGAUUGGAAGUCCACGCCUGGGGUCUCGCACGACCCUCUCGUCUUGGGCACCACGAUAAUGCAUAACCCGGAGACCAGCAUUCAGUUCAGAAGACGGAAGGAGGAAAUCGACCUUGAAUCUCUCGAGAUCGAAGAGUGA